GCGGCCUUUAAACAAAAAUUAACCGAUAACCAUCCUGAAGGUGAUAAAGGCAGGAGCACUCUGGAUACACUUCUGGCCACCACGUAUUGUCGAUCGCAGAUACAUCUUUCGGAGCAACUAGCUCACCUCCAUCCUGAGCUUACAAUGCCAAUGUUUUCAGAAAUCACUCAUCGUUUUCAAACUGCAAGGCCCGAACUCCGUCAGCUACUGUUGCAGUACUUGCUGCCGUGGUUGCACAACAUGGAGUUAGUUGACCCUAACGUUCCACCGGCUAAUCCCCUUUUUUAUUACCAGUAUCACGCCAACGAUAUGGGUCGGGCUGGAGGUCGAAGAGAAGGUUGGGGUUCUGCAGAAGCAACCGAAAUGGUACUGAAUAACAUUUUUUACAUUACUGCGAAGUUCGGCGACAACCAUCCGAAAGAAAUGGAAGCAGUUUGGGCGACUUUGUGUACCUCGUGGCCGAACAACAUGAAGGUUAUAAUUCGGUAUUUAAUUAUCGUUUCUGGCAUGGCGCCUUGCGAACUCCUUCCAUAUGCAAAACGCGUCAUCCUAUACCUGGCUAGAGUACAACCCGGUCGUUUGCUGGACGAGAUGAUGAUCGAGUUGCAAACAGUCGAAACCCUCAACUGUUUAAUCGAGCGAACGGAAACGCCCCCAUUUUAUCGCCUGACCGUUAUGAGAAAAGCGUCCAGCCAUUCCGAUGGUACCGGAGGCGUAGGCACCUCUGAUUACAAUAACCGAAAUGAUAUCGGCGUGGAGAAGGGCACGAUUCACACCAAACGUCACAGCGGCGAAGACCCGAUGAAAUCUUCGUCCCCCAAAACUGACUCGACAAUCAAGGGCAUGCCCGAAUUCUCCUCCCCUAGGCUAGACAAAGUGCGCGUUAUCGGGGGAGCGAAUCUAUCGGAAGAUGUAUCGACGCCAACGACAGAAACCGAUUUGUUUCAGUUGCAAGGGUGCGAGGAUCUCUUCUCGCUUUCUCGCUCACUCAAUGCCGGUGAUAAAUUUGACAUUCCAGUACCCCAACCCCAUCCGCUACCUAUGCCGGAAUAUGGUGGAUAUUUUGCACCUUUGACUGAAUAUUUACCGGAUAGUUCGCAACCAAUAUCUGGUUUCCAUAGAUGCAACGUGGCUGUGAUGUUACUUUGUGAUGUAGUUGUCGAUGGUCUCGAACUAGACUGGACUAUACACGUUCCUUUAAUGUUACAUAUAUUAUUUUUGGGUCUGGAUAACACCAGGCCGUUAGUGUACCAACACUGUAAACAACUUCUCUUAAACUUACUCAUUGUUUUGGCACAACAUAACGACCAUUUAAUAGUGGCGCAUAUUAUUCUAAACAGCAAAACGAGUUUACUAGGGCUAGGUCUGCCGACCCCCGCAUUGCCAGUUCCGCAAAAUAUUUUUACAGAAACGAAUCCUGCGUUCGAUGUUUAUCUUCAAGGGCCGGCUCCUAAUACGUCUUCCUCAGAGUCAAUUGCUACCAAUAAAGAUACAAGCAACAUCGAUAAAAAAGAACCAAGUGCGCCCCCUGUAAUAGUAACUUCAGAAGAAUCGCCAGCGUGGAACGCCUCAGAAACUUGCCCAAAUAUCACCAUAGCGGACGUGAUAAAAUCGCUCAUCGACUUUUUGGCUACGCGCCAAAAUCAACCGCUGUGGAACUACGAGGAUAUCACAGCGAAGGUGUGGUUGGUAAGGAGUGCCGAUCAAAUGGACAUCUUCCUUCAGCACAUCCUGCGUGUAUUUCGAGAGUCGUUACCCAACGCCCACAUAAACGAAAGGUGGGCACAAACUGCGCUGCAACUAGGACUCAGUUGUUCAUCCAGGCACUACGCCGGCCGUUCGUUGCAAAUCUAUCGCUCGCUCCGAGUCCCAAUAUCAUCCCGAAUGCUCUCCGACAUUCUCAGCCGGCUAGUCGAGACCGUCGCCGAACAAGGCGAAGAUAUGCAAGGCUACGUCACCGAGCUCCUUCUCACGCUCGAAUCAGCAGUCGACUCCCUAGAAUCCGAUUUCCGCCCGUUCGACUUGAAGAAGGACAUUUUUAAAUCGACGCCCAAUUUGAACAACAAGGAACCGUUGGGUAAACGCUACCCAUACGGCAACAUGAUGGGAGCCGACGCAAUUCCGCCGUUUUCGUACCUCAACCAGGUGGGACACAUUCGCAGCACCAGCUACUCCGUAUCGUACGUGCUGCGGAAAAAUUCCGGGUCCCCCGCGACGGACAGCAAAGAUUUGCGCAAUCGCGGAAAUUGCGAGAUUGAUAAAAAUAAGUUCGGAUCGAAUUUGUCCCGGUCAAGAUCGGCGCAGAGCUUGAAAAUGCUGAGCGAUUCGGCGACUCAAGAUGACAAGCUCACGAUUCUUGCGCAACUGUUCUGGCUGUCAGUCUCGCUGCUGGAGUCUGACUAUGAGCACGAGUUUCUGUUGGCCUUAAGACUUUUGGCGCGCAUUUUGCACCGGUUGCCCUUAGAUCGACCGGAUGCUAGGGAUAAGGUGGAGAAAUUGCAAACGCAACUGAGGUGGAGUUCUUUUCCGGGCGUGCACGCCUUGUUGCUAAAGGGGUGUACACAUCCGAACAUUUACGAACCUGUGGUCGCGUUACUGUCGCAAUUUACCCCGCUACUUGACCUGGUCGUGGUGGAUCCUUCGCAGAGUAUCGCAUUUCCGAUGAACGUCAUCGCCUUGCUUCCGUAUAUGUUGCUCAACUACGAAGACGCUAACGAGCUCUGCAUUCGCAGCGCGGACAACAUUGCUCAAGUUAGCGUGGAAAAGAGCAAAAAGUUGGAAAAUUUGAGUACGGUGAUGAAUUUGUACAGUCGAAGAACUUUCAGCAAGGAGAGUUUCCAGUGGACCAAAUGCGUCGUGAAGUACCUCUACGAUACUUACUCACACCUUAGUUUGAACAUGUUGGCGUUUUUGAUUGAGGUAUUAGAAAAAGGCCCUUCAACGCUGCAGCUGCCAAUUCUGAAUAUUGUGCACUGUAUUUUGCACUACGUGGAUCUUGCGUCUGCCGCCGCACAACCGAUGAAUGCAGAUUUACUGCGAGUCAUUGGGAAGUACAUCGAAGGACCGAAUUGGAAGGAAGCUCUGAAGAUACUUAAGCUGGUGGUCACCAGAUCGAGCACAUUAGUUGCACCGCCCGCAUCCGUUCAACACAGCUACUGGGAGGGCUCAAUGACGUCAGUCCCUCAUCCUUCUUUUACUGACACUGAAGUCUUUACGAAGAAGGAGCUGCCAGGACGGACAAUGGAAUUUACAUUCGAUCUCUCGCAAACGCCCGUGAUUGGCCGUCGGCUGCUAGUUAAAAAUGAGGACAGUGGAGUUGUCACUAAACCGGUCGCAUCUCCUAGACGGUCCUGUUCAUUAAGUCCUGCCGAUACAGCCCCUCUAUCUGGAUGGAAGCGUCCGUGGAUGUCACAGGGACGUGUCCGGGAAUGCCUAGUUAAUCUUCUUACAGCAUGUGGCCAACGCGUUGGUUUACCAAAGAGUCCAUCAGUUAUAUUCAGUCAAAGCUCCGACUUAAUGGAAAGACAAUCGAGCAUGGCGUCAAGCACGGAAGAGGUAUCUGUCGCCAACAACGACUUCAGCGGUGGUUCGCGCAGAGACGACACGACGACCGAUUUCGGCGUAUUUAAGGACUUCGACUUCUUAGAGUACGAAAGCGAAAGCAUUGAGGGCGAGAGCACGGAUAAUUUCAAUUGGGGUGUACGUCGACGGCCGCUAAGCGAAGGCGAGGAGGAACUGCCAAGUAUCAAGCAGCACGAUGAGAGUGUUAGUGAAAAAACGCCCAUAUUAACUGUUCGAAAGAGAGUGGCGGCGGAGGAGUCAUCAGAUGACGAAGUCGGUUCGGAAUCGCCACUGGACGAAAUAGCUGUCGCGCCCGAAUUUGAAACAAGCUCGGUAGGUAUAAGCGCCGUUUUCCCGCCAUCGUCGUUAAGUCUCAGCGAACAUCGACCCAGGCGCGAUUCGAGCACUAGAUCGGAUACGAGUGGAUCAAGUGCGGGCGAUCUAGGUGACGUUACGCCAUGCAACGCAUCGCCGAACUUAUCGAGCCUGGUCAACAUUAGGCCAAACGCUCGAAAUGACACAGUCGAAUUGUGGACGGCUUACGUUCAGAACACAAUUACGCAGUCACCUGCUAACACAGUUCAGCUAUUUCAUCAGUUGCAAAAGCUGAUUAAGAACAUCAGCAAUUCGACAAUUAUUGUAACCCGUGAGGCAUGCUCUUACCUAACGCAAUCUGCAACAACCGGCCUUCCGACAAUAAAACUAAUUAGUUCAAGACUGAGUUCCCUGAUCGACAUAAUUUCUCAUCGCAUCCUCCAACCUCAUCUGAUCUGGUUUAAUUCUUCUUCAGUCCACUGUACCAGACUGACUGAAACGCUUCGUUUUGGAAUGCUCGAGGUUCAAGAGCAUUUAGAAACAUUCUGUGAUAAGAGGGAUCAGGCUACUAUGUAUUCUGAUGCCAUUAAGACCUCACUCAAAUUGGAAAUGCUAAGCGGUCAGCAGAGUGAUGCACGCAAUGAUGAAUAUCUGCUAGAUCUCGGUCGCGCCCUCUACAAGCUCCACUUCCAAUUACUUCUUCUUAUCGAAGCCACUAACAAAAUGUUAACUACACUAGUGGCCACGUUAAAAAACAUGCAGUUUCGUGACAUAACAUCGGAUGUACUCUCAGUACGAAACGCUCUCACCAGGGCGAUUGAGGAUCGGGAGGCGGAUGGAGGCACGCCAACCCCCGCCCCAUCUCCAGCCCCCGCUAAUAGCGAAGAAUUAGAAUCUCUUUUGCAAGAACUUGUCGUGAACGAAAAAUGGUCGGCGCUAAUUUUAUUUGCGAAACACCAUCGGGGUCACCUGUCUCUAGACGUCGAUUCCGAAAACGAUGACGAAAUCAGCCUUAUACUAAGCAUCUACUGCAAGAGAUUGAUUCAAGAACGACCAGAUUGUUUCAUUAUAACGAACCAAGAAACUGACUUGGCGGACAUAUUCGGCAGACUUUUCCAGGUUUCCGCCGCGGUGUCGGAUCUGGAAGGCGUGAUAAAAGAUCGCGAUCAAGUAGAGUGCGCGGUUACGUCUCAAGCGAAGGAUUAGUAUAAUUUUAACGUCUGUACCGCUGUUCUCCAUGUAUUUCUUAGUGUGUGUGUAACUUUUUAGCUCAUGUUUCAGAUCACUACAUAAGGCGCUAGGUUAAAUGUGUGUCAAUUUAAUAAAGUAAUCGAAUCUAGGUAAAACACAA